UUUUUUGUAGAAGGAAAUUAUAAAUCUCCAAUAUUUGGCUAGUUGUCAUUGUUUAAAGAAUUUAGUAGUAUGGAAUUUUUCACCUUCCUAAUUGAACUUUAUUAUAUUAAUCCUCGAUCCUAUGCCAAUGGCAGAGGGCAUGGAACAAGAGAAACAUGUGCUCUUCAUACUACCAGACAUUUUGUAGACACUUUGGUAGACUUUUGGACUGCCCGUCAGUCUCUUCUGAAAAUGAAGAAAGAGGACCCUUUCUUCAGUUUGCUCUCCUUACUUACUGCUAUCCCCUCUUUCCGUCUCACCCAUUAAAUGUAAUUUAGACAUUAGAUGCGUGGAAUGGGCAAUUGUAGUUAACUCUAGAAUUGCAAGUUUAGUUGAGGGGUUCCAUUAUUUUGAAGUCUCAUCCUAUCCUAUAAAGAACAAUGGUCUGCAGAUCAGGUGGCUUCUGGAUUUGUACUGUUCUUAGCACAUGGCUUCUUUAAGUUAAGAAGCCAUACAGACUAUCUUGUUGUUAAAACAAUAAAUAAGAAAAUUAGUUGUUGAGAUGCCUGAAGUUUAUGCUUAUCAACGACUUUCUUCUUGGCUAUCUUAAUGAUGGUCUUCCGAUUACAUAUGGUGAAGGAAUGUUGCCUGAAGUUUAUGCUUAGUGAAUUGUGACUCUAUACUAUUCUGUAGUUCGUGAAUGCUUAGUACAACACAAAGGUUAUAAAUUUGUUAAAUUUUUGUACUUGUCUGCAGUUCUUGAAUGUAGUGAACUUGUCGAAACUUUUUUUUUUUUAUUUCUGAAAAAUAACUACUCCGUUCAGUUAGAUGCGUAAAUAAUUAGAGUUGUCAAUUCCAAAGCUUUUUUUCAGAACCUUUCUUAAAGCUUGUUCUCUGAUCAGGUUCGAAUAUGAACAAUGUUUCCCUGUUUAUUUAUUUGUUCUUUUCUUCAAUGCAUUUUGUGGGGUGGGUUUGCUAUAUGAACAAUAAUCCUUUUUUCUCUCCGGAAAAACAAUAAAGUAAAUCAAUUGACUUGUUUAUCAGCCUUGUGUAAUACUAUAAAACAAGCUAGCACUGGACAACUCUUUACUUGUUUUCCCCUUUUCAUUUGAAUAGAGGACACUGGGUACAGGGGGCUAAGGUCUUUGGAGGCUUCUAAUCAUAUGUCAAAAUCUAAAUGCAACCACUGCCUUUAUAUAUGAAAAUACUACUUUGUUAUGGAAUUUCAUUUGCAAGUUUUUGGAUUGACCAAAAUUAUUUUACAACAAGGCGUAUGCAAAGUAAUCACACAAAUUUUGCUUUCAUAUAAGCACCAUUUAUAUGGUGAACCUCUCUUUGCUUUCACUAGAAUUAUUACAGCCUUUUGAAGGCAUAUUAGAAAUUUAGUAACCUGUAUAAUUCUGCAGCUAGGACUAUUUUGGGGAUAUUAAUAUGACAUCUCUGUAUCUUAAAAUGGCCGAUGUUACUGCUUGUUGCUAUUGCUUCCUUCUUAAUAUUACUUUCUUUCUUGCCUUUAUGAUUGAUAAUGCUUGUUUCUAUUGUUGCUUUUCAUCUUUUUGAGCUGAGGGGCUAUGUCAUUCCGCGAUGGUUUAAGAGAUGUUCUGAAGGGGUAGACAAGAGUGAUUGAGAAUGGCUGGUCAAGAGCAUUUUUUAACUGAAAAAUUUUAAGGAAAUAAGUACAAGAAACUCGAUCAAUAGGUCUAAGUUAAGGAUGACUCAUCGUACGGGUAGUAAGCCUAUUCGAGAGGUCAUUUAUGAAUUGGGAGGCAAAGAUGGUAAUCCCCCAGAUAUGACAACUAUCUUCUUUGAGACUCGUAUCAAAGGCGACAAGCUUGUCGAACCUGAAACCAAUGAAAAAUAUGCUAAGAUCCAAGAAUUGGUGCAAUCUGAAUCGUCUCUUACAAAUAUUGAGAUUGUAGAAAGGUGUUUCGGACCUCAACGUAGGAGUCAUGUAGUUGGAUUUUGUGGUGGGAUUACUGCUAAGGAGUUAAAACGUGGUGACUCCUCGAAGGCUGCAUUGCUAGAGAAGCUGAAUGCUACUGAAAAAGAAAAUGAAUCGCUUUAUGGACGCAUGGAAGGGCUAGAGAAUACAUGUGAAGAUCUAGAGAGUAAAUAUGCAGAAUUUGCAAGUGCAGUGUUUAAUGACUUUAAUCAGGCUUCAUCGUCAUCUUGAAGUGAACAAUAGAUUGAAGCAUUUAACAGAUCAAAAACUUGAAGUCCGAAGAACCUAUUUUUGAUGAAAGUGCAUAGCAAGUUGAAGAACAAGAGAAUUUUGUUAUGUUAGGGAUGGUUUGAAGGCAGUGUCUUUUGUACAUAUGCUCCAAUUUUAUUUUAUUUCUUUUAGAAAUUGUUAAAAAUAAUGUUAUACUAUUUGGAUUGCUUUCUGGUAAUGUGAUGCUUAG